UCUUCCUUUUCCGGCGGGGCUGAGGCGACCUGUCGGCACCAUGGCUCGGAACGCGGAAAAGGCCAUGACGGCUUUGGCAAGGUUUCGCCAGGCUCAGCUGGAGGAAGGAAAAGUUAAGGAGCGAAGACCUUUCCUUGCUUCAGAGUGUAAUGAACUGCCUAAAGCUGAGAAGUGGAGGCGACAGAUCAUUGGGGAGAUUUCCAAGAAGGUGGCACAGAUUCAAAAUGCUGGCUUGGGGGAAUUCAGAAUCCGGGACCUGAAUGAUGAAAUAAACAAACUUCUGAGGGAGAAAGGGCACUGGGAAUUCAGAAUAAAGGAGCUGGGAGGCCCUGACUAUGCUCGGAUUGGGCCGAAAAUGUUGGAUCAUGAAGGGAAAGAAGUUCCAGGAAACAGAGGUUACAAAUACUUUGGAGCUGCAAAGGAUUUACCAGGAGUUAGAGAACUUUUUGAAAAGGAACCUGUCCCUCCGCCUCGGAAAACUCGAGCUGAGCUUAUGAAAUCCAUUGAUGCAGAAUACUAUGGCUAUAGGGAUGAAGAGGACGGUAUUCUGGAGCCACUGGAACAAGAACAUGAAAAGAAAGUUAUAGCAGAAGCAGUGGAAAAAUGGAAAGCGGAGAGAGAAGCACGACUUGCAAGAGGUGAGGAAGAGGAGGAAGAAGAUAUAUAUGCUGUCAAUGAUGAUGAGUCUGAUGAGGAAGGUGGCAAGGAAAAAGGUGAAGAAGGCCAACAGAAAUUCAUUGCACAUGUUCCAGUGCCAUCUCAACAGGAGAUUGAGGAAGCUCUUGUACGGAGAAAGAAGAUGGAGCUUCUUCAGAAGUAUGCCAGUGAAACACUCAUGGCACAGAGUCAGGAGGCAAAGACACUUUUAGGAUUGUAACAUUGCACCAGUGUGUGCUGGGUUUUGUACAAGCCAGCUAAAAGCAGGAGGUUCACAUAUUCUGGUCACAAUCACUGUUAUCUCCCAAAGUCCCUUUGGAUGUUAAGAGUAAACUGACAAAGUUACAGGGUGUUCUGCUGAAGGAGAACCAAAUGGUUUAUCCAGUAGGAUGACUUGCACUUCAGUGCUGAGAAAGAUCAAACCUAGGUUCACUUGUCUCUGCAUUGUCAGCAGCAGUCUUCAGCCCUUUCGCCGGUGCCUCUUAUAGACAGGAGCACAACCUGAGUGACUCCUUAAAUCCCAAUGGAAAGCUGAGCGCCAUUACUGCCUUUCUGUCCACUGUACCCUGACUGUAAGUGUGCAUGUCUUUCUCAUGCUGGUUUUUGCUGAGAUGAGACCAGAAGUAACUUCUCUCUUAUGCCCAGUUGAUUUACCAGCAUAGCCUGUUCUGACGGCAUAUCUUAGGAGUGACUGUGAGGUGGGUUUGGUUCUUUGUGUAACACAUGCAGGAUGUCUAAAAGCUGUUCCCCUUGCUGUGGUUUGUUACCAUGCCUGGGUGGAUUGCUCCGUGCUGGAUAUUUCAGCAGCUGUUGUAAAUAUGUCCAACUUUGCAGUACCUGGUUCAAACAUUUUUAGUAAAACUUAUUUACAGCCCGAUACCUUGUUUUGUUCCAGCUCAAAGGAUCGUGGUGUUUCACUGAUUGUAGCCAAAGAAUGGGAUCAGAACUGGCCAUCCGUGUUGGAAGUUGGAGCUCUGCAUGCCCUGCUGCUCUUGGCUCCUGUGGCAAGGGGCAGAUUACAGCAGAGCUGUGCAGUCUCGUGUGACUAACAUUGUUGUACAGAUUAUACAGAAUGAAUGAAAUCCUGAAUUAGGCAUCUGCAGCCAUGGGGUAGAAGUGCUGUCUAAGGAAUAUAGUAUUUAACAACCACCUACCCAUGUCUGGGACUACUUGGAGUUUCAAGAUGCUCUGAGUGUUCAGCACUACCUAUUGUAAAUAAUUCACUCCAAAGCAAUCAAAGCUCUAACUUAUAGAGAAAAACUUUGAUGUAAAUGAUCAAAUAAUAGAAGCCUUGAAAGAGUGGAAAGCAUAGCUGCCAAAUGGGAAUCCUAAUAAAGAUCAAGUAGAUAGCAAGCAGACAACUAACCUCACAUGCACAUUCCUCUCUUCCUGUUAGCAGUGUAGCUUUCUCUGCUUUGUAAUAAAGCAGCAAAUGAGUAUGUGUA